GCGAGAGCGAGCCGAUUCGCCCACGACGGCUGCCUCCUGCUCUGCUCUUCUCUGCUUCCUCCCUCCCCACGCGAGCCCUCUCUCCUCUGCUUCCCCUCCUCCCCGCGACUCCGCCCGGCUCUAGGGUUUUGCCCCCUAUCGAUCGAAAUGGUGGAGGUGGAGGAGGUCGGGAACAAGAUGCAGUCGCAGAUGCGCCUCCAUCCAGAGCCGGAGGACGACGCCGACCUCCCGCUCCCCGCCCUCUUCGACAGGGCGUCCCGGCUCCACGGCCUCGCCUCCAGCUCCGCCCUCGACCAGGAAGGGAUCCGGAAGGGGGUCGAGCUGCUGCGGCGCUGCGACGAGAUGGUCAGCAAGCUCGGCCUCUUCUCCACCAACGAGACAAAGGAAGACGUCUCCACCGCCAACCUCAAAUACCUUCUCGUCCCAUACUACCUAGGGGAAAUGACUGAGAAGAUCGCACAGGAGGACAGGAUCCCGAUUCUUAAGGCAUCACAGAACCAUUUGAAGGAGUUUAUUGCUCUAUGUGAAGCACUAGAGCUUAUUCCAGAGGAUGAGCUUGAAUUAUCUAGACAGAAGCAGCCUGAUACUACGGCAAACAGAAGAGCACAGAAGAUUGCCCGUUUCAGACGUCAAAAAGCUGCAGAAACGAAGCUCCAAGAGAUUAAAGAGAGAAAAGAAAGGCGUGGGCGCUCAUUGAGGGCAGCUGCUUUAUCUGCUCCUGCUGAAGCUGGGGAGGAAGAUGCCUUGGAGGAUGAUGGGGAGGAAGAAAGAGAGGCUUGGUUAGCUACUAUCUCAUUGGCUCUCUGCAAGGCCUUUGAUCUUCUGGACAUGCUAAAGAAGGAAGAAGAAAUGCUUCUAGCAGUAAAGGAAAGACAGGAAAAGGAUGGGAAUGCAUUUGCUCGUGAAAUGCUUGACGAGCGUACACAAAAAGCUGAAGCAUGGCACCAUAAUGCUGCAAACCGUGCACCAUAUUCCAAACCAGCUGAUCCAAUCACUUGCGCAACAUUUGCUCAAGACGUCCUUGAAGGUAGAGCAAGUGUUUCACAAGCUCAUGAGCACAAACACCAACCCCUGAUAUUUGGACCUGCAAGUCUUGUUGGUGGAGGACUAACCAGUGAAAGGGAAAGAAUGGCAGCACAAGUUUUCCAGCCUGGUUACAGGCUGCCAACAAUGAGCAUAGAAGAAGCUGGUUUACGUGAAAUGAAAAUGAUGGAGAAAUGGCAAGAAAGAACCGCAAAUAUGAUCAAAGAAGCAAACUCGGCAUGGCACAAGGACGGUACUAGCUCAGCCCAAGAGGAUGAGGAUGCAGAGGAGGCAAAAGCAAGAGCUUGGGACGACUGGAAGGAUGACAACCCUCGUGGUGCUGGCAACAAGAAGCUCACGCCCUGCGGCUAAAUUGCUUGCAAUGUGUUGAAAUACCCCCUUGUGAUGGAUGUUCAUGUAGAUUAUAGAAUGUUAGAUUUUUGUUAAUGUCUCAGUUGUUCUUUUGUGGUAAUAUUCUGUGUAUAAUACGAUACGGAUGAUAUGCUCUGCAAGUCAGCAAGUGCUUGAUUUCAUCGUUUCUGAAGAGGGGUGCAUGAUUUCAUAUGAUA